GAAACGGAAGUCGGGUCAGUGCGUGUCACGUGACGCAGCUGUGAAGAUUCCGACGCUCGCGCUCGCACUAACGCGGAGUAAACAGACGGAGCCAAUGGAGGCCGCGGAUCCUCGGUCCUCGAGUGACGGCGCGCGGGCCAGCAGAGGCGGUCUCUCCGGCGGGGAGAGCAGCAGCGACCGCGACGGCGGGCGGGCCGGAGGCAGCGGCGGGGAGGGCGAACGGGAGCAGCGGGAGAGAGCCACCUUCGAGUGUAACAUCUGCCUGGACACCGCCAGGGACGCAGUGAUCAGUCUGUGUGGACAUCUGUUCUGCUGGCCAUGUCUCCAUCAGUGGUUGGAGACGAGGCCAAGCAGGCAGCAGUGUCCUGUGUGCAAAGCAGGAAUCAGCAGAGACAAAGUCAUUCCUCUGUACGGCCGUGGCAGCACCAGCCAGGAGGACCCCAGAUUAAAAACUCCACCUCGACCUCAGGGACAGAGAACAGAGCCUGAGAGCAGAGGGUUUCAGGGUUUCGGUGAUACCGGCUUCCACAUGUCUUUCGGUAUCGGUGCUUUUCCUUUCGGCUUCUUCACCACAAUAUUCAACACCAACGACCCGUUCCACAGACCAGAUCCUCACUACGCCCCGGAUCACCAAGGCAACGGGAACGGUAACAACGGCAACAACUGGCAGGACUCGCUCUUCCUCUUCCUCGCCAUCUUCUUCUUCUUCUGGAUGCUGAGUGUGUGAAUGUGUGUGUAGGGAGGGGAAAGAGAGAGAGAGAGAGAGAAACUGGACGAAAGAAUUAGGAGGAAGAGAUGAUGUCGGAACCAACACACACACACACACACACACAGAUUAUGCAGAGAGAGCAUCAGUAUUAAACACAUGUGCACAUCAUUACAUUCAUUAUCCCACCGUAUCAUAUCUGCUUCCUACCAAAGAGAAUCCCUCGUCUUACACACAGAUGCACACGCACACACGUGCACACACACACACACACACACUAGUGUUCAGUGCAUUAGUGUGUGAAAGAGUAUUACCAUCCCCUUUGUAUCUGGUUUCUAUGACAACGAGGGGGUUCCCACGAUCAUUUUAGUGUUAGAUAAAUGCGUCAUAAGUAAGCCACGCCCCCCCAUCCAGAGUCUUCAGCUUGAUGAAUCUGUGAGGUGCUACUGAUUAGCAAAACUAGCGUCGCAACCACUAAGCGUUCAUGCUCGGAUAAUCAGGGAAGAGCUUGGACCUGGGAAGCCUUCAUGCCUUGCCGCUUUUUUCUUUGUGUGUUUGUAGCGUAACAUCACACCGCAUUAGUAUCCAGAUGUGCCUGAAUGGCGAAUGCUAAAUUCCUCUCUAACAUUUCUAGGUACGAUUACAGCUUGCACCGUGGCUGGUUUGGGAUUUUCUCCUCCACUUUACUCUCGUGUUUCUAUUGUCCGUGUUUCUCUGGAAACCAUGUGGAAGGUUUUCUCAGACUAGAAGAGGUCAGAGGAAGAGUAACUCAUCGCACGCAAAAGAAAAAAGUCAGGCACACAGUGAUACGGAAAGCUAACAAUUAGCAGUUUCUCGACCAGGCUGUUAGGAUCGGGCCGAAUAAAGGAUGUAGCCAGCCGCAGUGUGUAACUGUGAAUUCUAGGGGGAGUGGCUUACCGUGAAUCAGUGGCGUCCCGUUUGGGUAGCUCAAGAGCACUUUGAAGCGUUACUUACUUGUACAUGGAGCCACGAGUGUAAACCAGAAGAGUCAUGAAGCGUACCACAUCGACCUUUCAGCUGUAAAGUGAAGGUGUGUGUGGUCACUGGCCUUUAACUUCACUGCCAUCUCUUCCUGAUACUGAUGAGAAAAAACAGCCUUCAGUUGGAAAUGAGUCCUGGACGUAAGUCUGAACGAGGGACGUGAGUGAUGGUCAGGCUGUGAGUCCUGGACAUGAGUCUGAACGAGGGACGUGAGUGAUGGUCAGAUUGUGAGUCCUGGACAUGAGUCUGAACGAGGGACGUGAGUAAUGGUCAGAUCGUGAGUCCUGGACAUGAGUCUGAACGAGGGACGUGAGUGAUGGUCAGAUCGUGAGUCUGAACGAGGGACGUGAGUGAUGGUCAGAUCGUGAGUCUUGGACGUGAGUCUGAACGAAGGACGUGAGUGAUGGUCAGAUCGUGAGUCUUGGACGUGAGUCUGAACGAAGGACGUGAGUGAUGGUCAGAUCGUGAGUCUUGGACGUGAGUCUGAACGAGGGACGUGAGUGAUGGCCCGAUUGUGAGUCCUGGACGUGAGUCUGAACGAGGGACGUGAGUGAUGGUCAGGUCGUGAGUCAUUGUCGAGUCAUGUAUGCGAGUCUUGAGUCAUGGUGGUCAGUCCUCUGAUGUGUGACGACGCUAAUCAGUAAUCAGGCCAAAGCAGUGUUUCCUCUGCUGCCUUUCAAUUCUCAGUGUUCUCCACAUGUAGGGAGCGAGCGCUCGAUGACUUCACUCUCACAGCCUGGUAUUUUAAUGACUAACUAGCGGUGAGCGUAUCAUAUAAUACAUUAGCGCUGUGCAUUACCACAACCGCUCUGAUGAACCCUGUUGGUAUAUGAAACACGUCAUUACGAAUUUUGCACACGUAUACGACAUCAGUAUCACGAGUUCUCUGGGGUCGCGGUUUGGGACGGAGCCUCACAAUGGCCUACAUUAGAACAAACGUCACGUGAAUCCGUGUUUUGAGGGGCGGCGUGUAACAUCGGUGUCCAGUUUAUUACAAACGCUGUUCAGUGGAGUGAGUCUGACACGUGACGUGUUAACGUGUGUGUGUGUGUGUGUGUGUGUGUGUGUGUGUUUGUUUUUUCCUAUGAUGAGCUCAAGUGUCUGUUCCUGUACUCUUCUGUAACACACUGCUGUGGACUCGGUCCCGAGAGCGAGCGUGGAGCACCAGGACUAGGAGAACCUAAGAACCAUGUUCUUGAGUUGUCCAGAACCAAACACUCCAAACAUGUUCCAUUAGCUAGCUCAGGAUUCUGAGGACCUCCUAGCGCUUUGAUUGUAUGCUAGCAGUGUUUUUUGACUAGCAUUCUGGGGAGAAGUGUUUUAUUAAUGCCCCGUCUGCCAUUUUGUAAAGAUAACAGCACAUGGCCAUGCACACUCGGCCAAGCGGGGUUCAGAUCAGGAUGGUGGUGAUGAAGCUGUGUGUGUGUGUGUGUGUGUGUGUGUGUGUGUGUGUGUGUGUGUGUGUGUGUGUGUGUGUGUGUGUGUUGCGCUUUACCUUGCUGUUGUAUUACUUGUCUUUUUUGGCCUGAAUAAAAGACUUAAUCUGUGUUGGGGUUGUGGGUGGAGCUUACAGGAUGUGGGCGGGGUCCUAUACGGAGCGUCUGUCAAUAAAUGUUUCUAUUGGAUCUAAA